AUGGAUUUUUGGGUGUUGAUCAGUGAGUUCUUUUGAAUUUUUGGCGCGAAGUCUACUGUAGAUUCAUAUUAGCGCUAACUUUUUGAUCUACAAUUUUUUCAAUUACAAUAAUAAUUUUAUAUUUCUCGAUGAUUUUUCUCUGAUUUUUCCGUAAUUAUCUCAAUUUUCAAUCAAAAAUCAAGGUAUAUCCAAAAAUUUUGCAUAAAAAUUGAAAAUUUGGAUGAUUUUUUGAAUUCUGACGGAGAUGUUAUCCCAAUUUUCAUUGUCGGAAAAAUAUUCUGAUUUAAUCCGCGAAAAAUCAAAAAAUUUUGAUGUGAAAAUUAAGAUGAGCGCAUAUUCUGUAUUCAAAAAUUGAGAUUGGGUUACUGUAGAUCUUCUCUAUUUAAAAAAAACAAUGAAAAAAAUACAUCACACUUGCUUUUUGCCAAGUGCAGCAAAUUUGCUCUAUUCAACAAUAAUUUUUCUUUUGGAUACCCGGAUCAAGUUUUCUAACCUAAACAGUUAUUACUUUGUCAAGGACCAUGAAGUAGGUUCGUUUUAUCUGGGGACUUCUCUCCAUAAAAGUUAUUUUUAAAGGGACACGCUUUCUGUUCAGAUUCCCCUAGUUGGUUAAAAUUGGGAAAUUUGUAGAUAACAAUUUUUCGCACCUAAACCUACAGUAAUCAUGGCCCAAGAAUCAAUACUAUUUUUUUUAGAUUCUUCGUAUUAUCUGGUUAUCUAAUGUGUAUCAUUCUAUCAAAAAAUGCUUCAAAUAAAAAUCAAUCAAUAAUUUCAAAAAUCUUCUCAUUUUAUCAAAGAAGACUUUGUCGAAUUCUACCAAAUUAUUAUUUUCUAAUUUUAAUCAAUAUGAGUUUAUUGAUUUUUUGCUCGAUUUUUCCCGAAACAUUCAUAGAAACCAAUCAAAAAUCAGCAAAACAAUCAAUUUUUUUCGUCUCAAAUGAUUACUCAAAUUUAGAAGAUGAUUAUUAUAUUUUACUGAAAAUUGCUGAAAAUCUAUUCACUCAUACUUGGUCACUUUCUGUUGAAAUUCAAUUUUAUUUCAUUAUUCCUAUCGUAUUCUAUGCAAUUUUCUCGAUUUUUUCCGGGAAAAAUCGAUUCUUCAGCAUCUACCUCGGCUUUUCUAUGAUGUCUCUGAUCUUUUAUUUGAUAUCCCCGAAGAGCACGGCAUUCUACAGUGUUUUUUCGAGAAUAUGGCAAUUUUUAGCAGGCUUUUUGGUGUAUUUUUGGGCUGAUAAUGAGCCAAAAAAUGAGAAUGAAGAUGAAGAAAAUCAAACAGAAUUAUUGAUUUCUGAGAAAUCUGAAAAUCUGGCAAACGAGCAAAUGAGCUAUGAAAAUACACAAACCUGGCUGUUAUUAGUUACAAUUUUUAUGCUUUUUGUGGGGUUCGAAUAUCCGGAGAGAAUAGUCAGAAUAUUUGUUACAAUAAUAACCGCAUUGCUCAUAUCAAUCUCUGAGAAUAAUGCAAUUUUAUCAAAUCGAAAAAUGAUUUAUAUUGGAAAUAUAUCAUAUUCAUUAUAUUUAAUUCAUUGGCCAAUUUAUUGUUAUUCAAAAUUCUAUGAGUUACCUAAACUUCCAUUUUUAUGCUUAUCUAUUUUCUUGGGAAUUCUAAUUUAUGAAACAUAUGAGAAAUGGUAUACAACUAAACUUACAAGAACUUCUCAAUGCAUUUUAUCCACAAUUUUGCUGGCUUUUUGUAUUUCAGCAAUUUGGAGAGAAGAUAUUCAUGAAAAAUAUAGUCGUUUGACAGGAAAAAUUGAAAUUUUUGACAAAGAUUCAAUAUUUUUGGCUGGAAAUUCGAAAAAUUUGAGUCUAGAAGAAAUCAUGAAUUUGAAUACUGUGUGGACAAAGAAAGAACUGGAUUUUUUAACAUAUGAAGUAUGCGAUUAUAAGAAACCAAGACUUGCGCCAUUUGGAUUAUGUGAAUUUAAGGUGAGGAUUUUUCAAAUUCAAAAGAGUAUCUUGAAUUUCGGAAAUUUCUAGAAUCUAUCCUCAACUGCCCCUCUCAAAAUUCUUAUCAUUGGAAAUAGUUAUGCCACCAAUAUGGCUCCAAUUCUACUCAAAUCAUGUGCAAAAAAAUCGAAUCAAAUCUGGUUGGCCUCACUUCCUGGUUGUCAAUUUUUGCACACGGAAUACGAUCGGAAAGGAUGCUCCAAAAUUCUUGACAUUCCGGAUGAAACAGUUGAAAAAAUGCAAUUCGAUUAUAUUUUUCUGAUUUCAAAGUGUGGACAACUUUGUGAUCCAAUCAAAGAACCGAUGGAAAUUGAUGUGCAAAUUGAAUUCGGUAAAUCACAAAUUGAGAAAUUCAAAAAAUUUGUGAAGCGCAAAAUCUUCAUUUUAAAUGCUAUAGUACAUCCGAAACAUAUGGUGUUGCUCAACAAUUAUCUUGCAAAUCAUACAAGUUUUGAUGAAAUUGAUGUGAGUAUUUCAACAUUUCAAAAUAAGUUUUGACCCCAAAAAAAUUCAAAUAAUAUUUUAGAAAAUCUAUUCAAAAGAAAUAUCUGGUGAUAAGAAACUCGGAAUAGAACGGCUUCGAAAAAUUGGCGAAUUUUGUGGCGAAAAAUGCGAAUUUUUUGACGCAUUGUCGAAUUUUCCCAAGAAUCCAUAUUCACCUGAUAAAUCUGUACGAUUUUUUGAUGAACGUGGUUUGUAUUAUGUGAAUGGUGCCGGACAUUUUCCACCGUAUUCUUGGCCGAAAAUUCAACCUGUUUUUGAUGCGAUUUGUGAGAAAUUGUGA